AUGCCCUCAAUUAAACCUGAAGACGUUGGCGGCCCUAAAAAAAAGAGACCAAUAUAUAUAUCCCCAUCUAUUGAUAUUUAUUUUCUGCAUCUAUCUAUCUAUCUAUCUAUCUAUCUAUCUAUCUAUCUAUCUAUCUAUUUUAGCAUACCUACAGACGAUAAUGCGCAUGUUACAUCUUUUCUUCAUAUCUAUCUAUCUAUCUAUCUAUCUAUCUAUCUAUCUAUCUAUCUAUCUAUCUAUCUAUCUAACCUAUAUUUUCAACCGGAGGAGCCGUGGUCGGCUCCGACCUCGACUAGCGCGACACUGGGGCUUUUAAUUCUACUGUCGGGGCUGGACGACAUGGCUGCGUCCAACCAAAACGAACGCGUUGUCACGCCGACGCUGAGUGAUGCGCCAUUUUUUGACGGCCUUUUCCGUGAGAUGAACGUUCAGGUGGAUCAGAUGCACCGCGACAUGCAGGCCAUGCGCAGCGCCAUGCUACGGAUGAACCCCAGCGAGGAAUCCGGAGUUGAGACGAAUACGGCUCUUGACAAAUUCAGGGACCCGAUCGUGGUCGGGCCCGACGGAAACAAACGCUUUCAGGUGCAAGUUGAUGUCAGUCCGUUUAAACCGAAUGAAAUCACCAUAAAGAUCGUUGAGAAGCAGCUGACUAUCCAUGCUAAACACGAACAGAAGACAGCUAGUUCGAGCGUCUAUCACGUGUUUUCCCGUCAAUAUACCUUGCCGGAUGGGACUGACCCCGAGCAUCUACGGGCUACAUUGUCUAACGACGGAACAAAUUGCAAUCGACAAAAAGUAGACAUUGUGAUCAUUACGUUUCUGUUCCUUUUUACCAUCCUUUUUUUUCAUUCUUUGGUACACACUGUUGAUCUGAUACGCUUGUCCUCGUUCCUCAGUCUGAAUCACGUGACAAAUUGUCGGCUGCUAAUACCAUCGGAUUGUGACGAAGGUCCUAAGUUAAACUUUACCUUUUAA